GAAACCGUGCCGCGCUACGUUCAUAUCAUUUCAGGACAGUGCAGAUUUGGGACGAAAUCGUAAAACCAUGAAGUACCUAUUGACGAUCGUUAUUCUCGUGAUUGCUGCCUCGAUCAUCAAGGCAGAAACAUACAAAGUCACCGAUCAGGUGUACUUUGAUAUUAUGAUUGGUAAUAAUCCAGUUGGAAGAAUUGUUAUUGGCUUGUUCGGCGGAAUCGCGCCAAAAACGGUAAAAAACUUUAUCACUCUUGCUACCACUGGCGUAGAGGGAAAAAAGUAUGAGGGGACUAAAUUUCAUCGCGUGAUAAAGAAAUUCAUGAUACAAGGUGGCGAUGUCGAAAAUGGCGACGGUACUGGCUCCAUCAGUAUGUAUGGCAAAUAUUUUGACGAUGAGAAUUUUGAGGUAAAGCACAGCGGACCGUUGUUUGUCAGCAUGGCAAAUGCUGGAAAAAACACCAACGGCUGUCAAUUUUUUAUCACCACCAUAGCAACACCUUGGCUAGAUGACCACCACACAGUGUUUGGAAAAGUGGUCAGCGGUGAAGAUGUGGUCUUCAAAAUCGAACAGACAAAAACGGAUAACGAUGACGUUCCACUAGUGCCUGUAGUAAUUUACAACAGUGGAAUUCUCCCAACACAAGAAUAUACUAUAUCAGACAAUCCUUACGAUGCAUGGGCGUGGAUCAAAGCGACUUGCAUUCCAUUGGGAUUCAGCUUCUCGAUUCUCGCGAUUUUUCAUUACAUAAUGAAACAACUGGAUGUCUAAGCGAUAAUAUUUUAAUACUAAAGACUGAUUUAAAUUGAAAUAAUAGAUUUAUGCUCUUAUUUUAUCCAGAAAUCUUAUACUUAUUUUUUAUAAAGAACUAUGUACAAAGUAAUUGUACACAUUGUAUAUAAUUAUAUAUAAUUCUCAUAAUAAAUUUACGUUACAUGUGUAGCUGAUAUGUAAUGUAAGUACGCUUCUUCAAUAACACAAGAUAAGACACAUCAGACGCCAUCUCUGGUGAAGGCCAACGGUAUAGUAGACAUGGGCUGCUUGAUUUAUCUUGUAACAAUUUAAUUUUAUAAUAUUUAAUAAUAUAAAAAAUAUAACAUUAUAUUUCCUGA